AUUUCUUAAAUGUAGUUAUUGAAAUGUAGACUUUAUUAUUAAUUACCUUAUUAUCUGUAUGUAUUAGACAAAACAAUAGUUUAGUCUUCAAUGUUGACUUCUUUUUUGUUUUCCUCUUCACUUCUUUUUUGUUUUCCUCUUCCCUUUUUUUAUUUUUUUAUUUUUUUAUUUGGUACAUUAAUGUUGGCUUCUUUGUCAACAGGAAAUCAUCUUCUAAAAGAAAUCAUAAUACCUGAACCUGAGAUUACAAUCACAGAAAAGGAAGCUGAAGAUGAGUUCUUAAUUCUUGCUUCAGAUGGCCUAUCGAAUGUAUUUUCGGAUGCUCGAGCUUGUGAGAUAGUUAGCUCCUAUCUUAGGGAUGAAACUUUGAAUACUACUCCUAGAUGUCGUGAUGAAGGUCGCUCGGUAAAUGAAGAAAUGGAUCCAACAAUGUUUCCUGCUAAAACAACAGUAGCAGCAUCUAUACUCACCAAGCUUGCCUUACCUUAGAAAGGGGAAGCCAAGAUAACAUAACCAUCAUAGUCGUCGAUUUGUCAAAGAGCUGAUGAGGAUUGUGCAUGGAGUGUGAUGUUUGAACUAAGAAAAUUCGUUUUUCAUUAUAUUUGAUGUAUGCUAAUAACGUCUUGGGAUAUAAGUUGUGAAUUUUCAAUUAAUUAUAAUGUUAUUAGAUGCUUUGUUUAAGCUAGGGAAAUAAAAUGGCAUUGUUUAG